AUUUCACAUCGUUCUCCAACGGAACAAACGCAUUAUCAACCGAACUAGUAAACAUCUAGGGACUUGAUUCGAUCCGACGUAAUCACUUGUUGUAGCCUGGUCUAGUCAGUUUCAAUUCUACGUCCAAUGAAAUUAAUCAGAUACUUCUGGAAAGAUUGAACAGUUUAUCCUCCUGCACUGAGCGCUACAAGUAUCAGUGUAAUGUUAAUAGUUUUAUUAUCUGUUUCAAUGAAAACUAGUGAAGUAUCGGUGAUUGUGUGCAGCCAAUUGAUCAGCCAAAAUAAUGCAUGAUCCCAAAGUUCAGUAUUGUCGAAUCCAGUGAUAUGUGGGGAUAAUCCAAUUGCUGAGACAUUUGUGCAUUGAGUGAGAAUCAAAAAGUGAAAUUAUGCAGGGUCACCAGUUGUCGGUGGUCAGGGUGAUACCUAGCCGCCAUUCUGGUCAAUUCCACUGAUUUACUAAUUACGCACUGACUGUUUUAUCAAUUGGCAAAGUCAAUCCUCGCGGAUUAUGGCUAGCUACACCACCAUGAGCUCCACACGACUUUCUGAUGACACAAUGGAUGAUGAAAAUGAUGACAAAGAUGAUACUAAGCGCAGGAAAUCCCGAAACCUCAGUGAAAAAAAGCGACGGGAUCAGUUCAAUAUGCUGGUCAAUGAACUCGGAAAUAUGGUCAGUACUAACACGAGGAAAAUGGAUAAAUCAACAGUACUUAAAUCGACGAUACUAUUCUUAAAGAACCAUAACGAGGUCGCAGUACGUUCCAGAGUCCACGAAAUCCAAGAGGAUUGGAAACCCUCAUUUCUUUCCAAUGAAGAAUUCACUCACCUCAUUCUAGAGGCGCUGGACGGAUUCAUAAUGAUCUUCUCCUCGAACGGUCGCAUCUACUACGCCUCGGAGAGUGUCACAGCGCUUCUAGGGUACCUCCCCACAGACCUGGCCAAUUCCACAAUCUACGAGAUAACGUAUCAAGACGAUCAAUCCUUCCUGUACAACAUGCUCCUGAACCCCACCCCCCGAGAUAACCCAUUAAAAUCAGAUAUCCAAGUAUCUUUCACAUGUCACAUAAAACGAGGAAGUCUAGAUUUCCGAGAGAACGUAACCUACGAACGCGUUCACUUCGUCGGUUAUUUUCGGUCUGGCAACGACAUCGAGACCCUGAUUCCCCCUUCUCGUUAUACCACGAAUCCCCCAAAUGACACGAAAAUGGUAUUCGUGGGAACCGGACGUCUUCACACACCUCAGCUGAUCCGUGAGGUUUCACUGAUCGACACGAACAAAUCGGAAUUCGGCUCGAAGCAUAGUCUAGAGUGGAAGUUCCUCUUCCUGGACCAGCGAGCAUCUCCAAUAAUCGGAUAUCUUCCGUUUGAGGUACUGGGUACAUCAGGUUACGACUACUAUCACGUGGACGAUCUGGAUAAAGUCGUUACCUCUCACGAGUCCUUGAUGAGAAAGGGAGAAGGCACCUCCUGCUUCUAUCGUUUUCUCACUAAAGGACAGCAGUGGAUUUGGUUGCAGACUCGUUUCUACAUUGACUACAAUCAGUGGAACUCCAAACCCGAGUUCAUUGUCUGCACGCAUACAGUCGUGAACUCGUCAGAAGUGAUAAAACACCAGAAGAAGAGUGAAGAUCCCCAGGUUGUUGAUCACCCAGCAGUUGCUGAGCAUCAACCAACGCCGUGUCAAACCCCUCGGUCCACCUGGUCACCAAAGUCCCCGAAGACUUCGAGAUCAGUCAGGAAUUUCUAUGGUGCUGACUCGGACACAUCGAUAUCUCUAGGCUCAGUGAGCUCUCGAGUAUCAGCAUCAACGACGCAGUCUUCAAAGCCAAAGACCAGCGCCAAUGCUCAGGCUAAAGCCACACCAAUGCAGCAGGAAGCACCUCAUCAGACGACAUCGAGAACCGGUGACGGAUGCUUGGGUUAUGGCACUCGGUACAGCGAACCUGUUUUGUCUGUUGUUCCUGGAGAAUUUCUAACACCAGCUGCACCCACAGUAAGCUUGAGUGUCCCAGGAAUGCUGGUCAAUCAGCCAAGCAUCGUUAUGACUAAUUCUUUGAGCCAGAAUCAGGACGAGUUGCAGAGGAAACAUGAGGAGUUGCAGCAGCUGAUCGUGCAUCAGCAGGAGGAGCUCAGAAGAGUGUCCGAGCAGUUGUUCAUUGCUAGAUACGGUAUUCUUUCGCCUUUGAUGAAUGUGGGGGUGAAUUAUGGGGUUAAUACGAUUCCGGGGAGGGAGGGAGUGACUGGUGAGGGAAUUUUUGCGGGAGAGGGUGUGCAGGGGGUAAGUGGAGCUGUUACUAUUCCUGUUACUGUGCCAGUGUCAAUUGUUCCUGUCGAGAGUUUUGAACGAAGUGCUGCUGUCGUUCCGAUUACUUCUGUUGUUGAUGGCGGAGUUGCUGCACCGGUUCAGGGACAGGGUGUGUUCAUGCAGCAAAGAGUGCAAACAACGGGGAGGAGUGAAGGAAUUCAUAUGCAGGGAGUUCAGGAAACUGGCCAGAUCAUGCCUUUUCAGAUCUGCCAGCAACCUGAAAUACUUUAUCAUAGUGGAGAGAGGAGUAGUAAUGGACAGUUUAGGCUGCCCAGGAUUUAGAGGGUUUUGGUGGGAUUUGGGAGUAUGAAGGACAGGUGUUGAUUCAAAACGAGAAAUCUGAGAGGUAUGAAUAAUGUCCAGAUUGCUUUGGAAUUGUGUCACGUUCUUCCAUUCUGCGCUAAUGAAGUAAUUUCCAAUGCCCGGAAAGGAUUUUAAUAAUAUUUUGGAAAUUUUGUGAUGGACGGUUCUGAUAUUCAGGUUUUCCGAGGUUGUGAACGCAUAGUAGGUUAUGGUUUGAUUCUUUGUUUCUGUUAGCCCCAGUUUACCUACCGUUGCAAUAAUAAGUUGAAAAAGUUGUUGAAAUAUUAAGAUCAUUUCCUGAAAUCUUCGAUAAUAGUUUCUACAGGUCAGAAAGAGAUUAUUUUUACUCCAUCAUCUGAUUUUCUGCUUGAAAAUUUGAAGAAGUUGAUAGAAGUCAAUUGCUAUCACAUAUUAUCAUCGUAUUUUAAUGGUAGAAAAUUGUUCUGAUUAUCCGUUGUUGCGAGUAAUUAUAAUCAUUUUGUCAUUUUAUUGACUAUUCUACAAUAAGAACGGAUGCAAAUAGAAGAAAUGAGAUGUGAAUCCUAACUGUAUUAUAGCUGAUCAUGAAGAGAUAGAAUUCCUGAAUCCUGAAACGAAAUUUAUUUUUUUAUUCAUAUCAAAGAAUUAUAUUUUUUCAAGUAAAUCGUGAGAAGAUAAUAUAAGAUGGACGUGAUUACUCCAUUCAUACCCGUGAAUACGCACAUUCGACGGUUCAAUAUCAAGAGAAUGGAAUUGGAGUGAAAAAAUCUCAUAAAUUAACUUGCAUCUCAAUUAACAGCCAUUAAUUUAUCGAAUAGUUUAUGUGCCAUUUUUUUCUUGAUGCCAUUACGUCUCUAUGUGGCCUUGAGUGUUAGUGGACCAGUAAUCAUUGUUGUCUUGCAAUGUAACUGAAUAAUGGAGGCAUCCGGGAAGAUUUUUCAUUAAUUGAAAUAAAAAUUCGCAAUUGAAAAAACCGUUGAAGUAAAAAAUAUGAACAAAGUGAAUAAUUAAAAACAAAUUCCUGGUAAAUUAUUCUCUAUCAUCAGAAAAACAACCGACGAUUUUCUGUAACUUGUGCUGAUGUAAUCAAAAUGCAUGAACAUUUUUGUUUGUAAUUAUAUUGUGAAGUUGCAUUUGUUACAAUUUGUUGAGUUGCUACGGAAUUUUCAUUAAUCAUAAUAAACGAAGAUGAAAAUGUUGACAGGACAUUUGUAUUCCUUGUGUGCAGAGGACCAUCCAGUGAAGAUAACGAAAGUAUAAAAACUAUAUUAACUGAUGUUAAGAAUUAAUACCGAGUAUUUAAUGUUAAAUAAUCAAAAAUGGCAUGAAAAUACUUGGACGAAUAUAUUAUUUAUGUCAAAAAUUGUGGUAUGAUAUAUUUUGUACUGUGCGUUAAUUUAUUAUAAAUAUUUCUAUAAUAUCAUGAGUAGUCCGAAUUAUUAUAAUCGACAUUAUUGAUAAGUCAGGAAAGUAAGAUUUAUCUGUAAGAUAAAUAUGCGUGAAGCAAAAACUAGACAGUGAAUCAAUAUAAUCAUUCCAGAAACUUUGGUACAAAUGUUUAAUUGUAAUAUGUGCUCUCUCCUAAUCUAGUGUUAUCAUUCAUUAUCAAUAUAUUAUAUAUUUUGAACGCUU